GGGGGGGAGCAUUAUAUCAUAGGAUGGGUCCUCGCGCAAAGCACUCUUCUUUCUAUGCAUGGUGAGGAUGGAUGGAGCAAAGUCUGCAUAUUCGGUUUCUCUAUUAUGCUUCGCGUUUUACUCAAAACCUCUUUUUUGUUUCUUUCUUCCCCUUUUUCCACUUUACUCCCCCCUCCUACUUUCAACACCUUUUUCGAUUGGCAAGUAUCGUAUCCAUCUUCUAUAAGUAACUGCCUUUUUAUCUUUGCAAGCGGGACAGGAGCAUCAGGCCUGUAUCUACUUGACCGGUCAUUACAAAACUGUAUAUGACGCUAGUAGCAGUACUUGUAGCAUACUUCAAUUACAGUAGAACUUUCCCCCUUUUGAUUAUCUCGAUUGCUUGUAUAAAUUAUGUCAAUGAUCAUACAAUAAUAAAAUCGGUUCAUCCAACCAUACCGUAAAUAAUUAUAUACUAUUCAAAUCAAUUGGACAGACCAUUUAGUCAUCGUCAUUCUUUUAUAGCUACACCUACCUACACACUAAAAUAUGCAUAUGCGGACCUCUGUAAAGAAAUCAGCUGCACAUAAUACCCAGUCCAUAUGUAAUGCAAUAAAGAACCUAACCACGACU